AUGGGCAACAUCUUCACAAACCUCUGGAGCCACGUCUGGAACAGCAUCAUCGACAACCGACAAAAACUCACCGCCACCGGCGGUUUUCUCCUAGGCAUAUUCGUCACUCUCGGCUUCAAAGACUUCUAUCCAGACCUCGAGCAAGCCUUUCGCAAACGUGUACGCCAUGUCCGAUCCACUCAACAUCAUCAUCCACCACCUCAGCCGGGUCAAGCAGACUACGUCCAAUUGGAAGACCGCACCAAGUCUGCAUCCGCAGCAACAGCAACAGCAUCAACCACCCCCGACCCCAUCCGCGAAGGCGUCGCCGGUCUAAUCGGAAACACCCCACUCAUCAAACUCCAAGCACUCAGCGCCGCGACCGGCUGUGAAAUUUUGGCCAAAGCGGAAUUUCUGAAUGGAGCGGGUAAUAGUCCCAAGGAUCGCGUGGCACUCUCCAUGAUUACGCAUGCGGAAGAAGCUGGUUUGCUGGUUCCGCAUCGGGGAGAUACUAUCUAUGAAGGAACGGUUGGCUCGACGGGGAUUUCGCUGGCUGCGGUUGCGAGGGCGAGAGGGUAUAAAGCGCAUAUCUGCAUGCCCUCGGACAUCUCCACCGAAAAAUCCGCCCUCCUCCUGCAUCUCGGCGCAACAGUCGAACGCGUCCCCCCCGCCUCCAUCAUCGACACGAAUCAAUUCGUCAACCUCGCACGUCGCCGCGCAGAAGAACAUACUCUGGACCCGAGUCGAAUGGGAAGAGGUUUUUUCGCAGAUCAAUUCGAAAAUACGGCAAAUUAUCUCGCGCAUCAGAAUUCUACGGGACCGGAAAUUUAUCGGCAGACUUGUUGUAGUCCAGGUAGUGGGAGUAGUGGGAAAGGUGGUGGAUUAGACGUCUUCAUCGCAGGCGCAGGAACAGGCGGGACAAUUUCCGGUGUAGCGCUCUAUCUCAAACCUCUCCUUCCGGAUUUGCGAAUUGUACUCGCAGAUCCGCAAGGGUCGGGGUUAUACAACAAGAUCAAAUACGGCGUCAUGUUCUCCCCGACAGAGGCAGAAGGGACACGAAGGAGACAUCAAGUGGAUUCGAUUGUGGAAGGGGUGGGAAUUACGCGGUUGACGAAGAAUUUUGAAGCAGGGAUGCAUUUGAUUGAUGAUGCGGUCAAAGUGAGCGAUUUUGAAGCGAUGCAAAUGGCGCGGUGGUUGGUGGAGAAGGAAGGGUUGUUUGUGGGUGCGAGUAGUGCGGUGAAUUGCGUUGCGGUGGCGAAAUUGGUGAAGCAGGAAGGCUGGGAGGGGAGUGGGAAGAGGAUUGUUACGGUCAUCUGUGAUUCUGGUACGAGGCAUUUGUCGAAGUUUUGGAAGCAAGCUGGGGAUAUUGCUGGUGCUGAUGUCGAGUUGGAGCUGGACGACAUUCUGAGUGGCGAGCAAAGGGCAUGAGUAGAUGUUUCGAGGGACAGCUCUCGCUGCUUCCCCUGAACUGGUACUCAUAUUUGUCAACCAAGGCAGAGCACUUGGCAUACAGUUGCGAAGCACAUCGUUGCACACCUGUGAGCAUUCCAAGCUAUUGGAGCCUGCCGUACUCCCGCAGAUACAUCUCUGUCCGCUGGCGCAGAACGUCUGCGUGAUUUCCAAUGUCUGGUUCAUGCCUAGAAAGGCAGGAGCAUCCCUUUUUCCGAACAAGCAAUUCAAAUCGCAAAUGAUGUGAGGGGGAUCCGUCAAGCCAGGCUUCACAAGUGUGCGGCAGAAUAGAGCUUGCCGUCCCGAGAACAUUGAUUGCCCCCUGACUGACAUUCGCGAAUUCAAAUUGUAGACGCGAAUGCACUUUUAGGUACUGCACGUUGGGCACCAGUACAGGGACACACGCGGCGACCUGCACACGUAUACACAGACGCUAGAGAAUAGCAAUCAGUGUGAAGGGACUGAUUCGAGAGCAUUUCCAGAGAGAAGGGGGGUGGCCAAAGGCAGCCGCAGCGAGGGAAUCCAGAGUCAUAUGCGUGCAGCUAGAUUGCUGGAUACAGGCAGUCAACAGCGAGGUAGAAGUUCUCGUCGCUGUCAAUCAACCCUGUGCCUGUGCCUGUGCCAAUGCCAGGGCCUUGUUGGGAAAUCCAUGAAGCCAAAGUACAUCAAGCGACGUCCGGAGGUAUGCCCGAGCACGACUCAUGUCUCGCUCCACAUGUGGCCAGACUGAAGCUGCAGGGACUGGGGCAAAUGGCUGCGAGGAGCAUUUUCCUGCUUGGUCUGAUUGGCACGUUGAAUGCUGGUGCUUCGAGAGACCUCAUUGAGGAGUUUGAUAUUCGGAGAAAUGAGCAUUGCGACGUGUGCCCUUAUCGGCAUGAUUCGAGCUUCCGAGUCCAGACGUUCGACAGGCUCCGGAGGUCCAGUUGUACCUAUGCAUCAACACGGAGCCGUGUUCGCAGUCGGGCCAUCCUGAGCCAUUUCGGCUUGCGUCGCGUCUUUGUGGUGAGGCUGUCAUUGUGAUUAGAGCACACCAGGAAGGAUGCGAUUUGGUUCCCUCCCCAUGGGUCUGCAGAUCCAUGCGUUCCAAUGCGAACGAGUGAUGUGACAACCGGCGCGAGCUUCUCGCACGCCGUUGCCUGUGAGUUGAGUCGACGCUCAUUUCCAUUGAGACGUCUGACGUCUUCUCUCACGCGGGACUCGAGGGUGAGUGAGGUGGUACAGGACGUACUGCACCGGUAGCAGCCGGCUUUACUCACAGACUCUGCAUGCUGUUGCGCGCAAAUGGAUACAUACCUGUACUCUGUUCUUCGCAGGUUGAUGGUCUCCUCUUCGUGCAGCAGGAUUCCCGUGAUGCAUGUCUCUCGCACGUCGGCUGCCUGAGGGAAGCCAUGUGGUGGUGAGGCGCCGUGAUGGUGCGGUCCUCCUACACUAGGUACAUGGAGGUAAGGUAGGUAGAAAGCGGCCACUUCACG